GAUCGAUGUGUUAAUUAUCUUGAUUGUGGUGACCAUUUCACAAUGUAUACAGACAUCAAAACAUCAUGUUUUAUGCUCUAAAUAGAUGCAUUUUUAUUUGUCAAUCACACCUCAAUAAGCUGGAGAGAGAGAGAGAGAGAGAGAACACAACCCACUUAAUAUGAAGUUCCAAACCAGCUUUAAAUCCCUGCAUUAAGAGAUAAGGUUGGGCAAAGGGAUAUAGAAAGAAGAGGACCAAAGUCUUCCCUCUGCCGAUAUGAAUUCAAGUAGAACUAGUUUUAAGUUGACUUUUACUGAAUGUUGUGCACCAAGUACUAUUCUAAGUCAUUUAAUUCUCAAAAACACCAUAUAAAGUAAAUACUUUGCCCCAUUUUACGGGUGAAGAAACUGAGACCCAAGGAGUUUAAGUGGCUAAUAAGUGGCAGAGACAAGGUUCAGACUGGCUGGCUGUCUCCAGAACCUGAGUUGACCAUUAAUCCUCCAAUGCUUUGACUAGAUUUGACUGUGUUUUCCAAUUCUGAAAGUCUAUGAUUCUCUGAUGUCAGGGCAUUACAAACCUAUCAUGACCCUCCUAAAUUUGUCAAGCCAGUUCUCAGUCUCUAUGAAUAUAGACCUAAUGAUACUUGCAGGGUCAAUAUUUAGGUCAAGAUGGGAUGAUUAUAAAGAAAAGAUAACGAGACGCCCGGAGCCAGUGAGGUGAGGACCAUGUUGCUUCUGAACAUCCUGCUCACCGGUACACCAGGGGUUGGAAAAACCACGCUAGGCAAAGAACUUGCAUCAAGAUCAGGACUGAAAUACAUUAAUGUGGGUGAUUUAGCUCGAGAAGGGCAGCUGUAUGAUGGCUAUGAUGAAGAGUAUGAAUGCCCCAUUUUAGAUGAAGACAGAAUAGUUGAUGACUUAGAAAACCAAAUGAGCGAAGGUGGAGUUAUUGUUGAUUACCAUGGUUGUGAUUUCUUUCCUGAAUGCUGGUUUCAUAUAGUUUUUGUGCUGCAAGCAGAUAACAGUGUAUUGUACGAAAGACUUGAAACAAGGGGUUAUAAUGAAAAGAAACUAAAAGACAAUAUUCAGUGUGAAAUUUUUCAAGUUCUUUAUGAAGAAGCAUUAGCAUCCUACAAGGAAGAAAUAGUACAUCAACUGCCCAGCAAUAAACGAGAAGAUCUAGAGGAUAAUAUCAAUCAGAUAUUGAAGUGGAUUGAACAGUGGAUCAAGGAUCAUAGCUCCUGACUUAUAAGACUGGCCACUUUACAACCACUCUUGUUAUAUCUCUGCCAUAAUGAAUAAAUUGUCCAGUUAUCAGUAAAAAAAAAAAAAA